AAAAUGCAAAUAGAUUGAGUGAAAAGUAUUUAUACACAGGUAGUGGCAAUUGUCUCCUCAAAUAUUCAAUAGCCAAAAUAGAAUAAGCACCAGUAUAACAGGAGAAGAUCUGUCUGGGUGGAAAGGGCACUUAGUAAAUCACAAGAUGUAAUAAGGUAAGGAACAUUAUACUGUUUUCAGAGAAAUGUCCAUUGUCUUGAGUUUUAUAAGCAGGAUUUUGUCUAUGUGACACGUGGUGGAAAUGUCUCUUCUUUCAGCACUGGCAUGGCCCCAGCUGGAACAUGUGCCCAGCUACUGAUGCUCAGAAGCAAUCCAGCCUCUGGUGAGUGUCCAGGGCAGAACAGUCCAAAAUAACAGCCUGAAGGAACUGGAGCUCUUUGCUAAAAGAAAAAAAGAGAGGCACUACUGCAGCUUCUAACAUGUAAAGAUGGCACCUCAGAAUAUUAAAAACACACAAACAAGGCAUCAAAGUAAAUCCUCUGAUUCAGCCCUUGGUAUGAGGUCAGCCCAGAUGCUCUGCAGGAAUUGGGAUCCAGCUGAUGCUGCAAUGUUCUCACAUUGAUAUGCCAGAAAAAGCCAAAAAGCCUAGCAGUGCAUCCACAUGAGCUCCUUUGUGCACAUCCAUGUGUGCUCUGCUGUGCUGGACCCUGGGCCUGUGCCUGGGAGAGCACACACCCCCCACGUGACCAAAGAGCAGAUCCAGCAUCAAACAUGAAAGGAAAAAAAAGAAAAACAGGGAGGGAGGCCCGAAGUCUCCAAUCUGACACGCUCAGCAAGUCACUGGUUGGCAUGGUAGUAAUGCCACAGGCACCAGGAGAGAAGCUUUCCCUCACAGUUUCUCUCAGGUUUAUUGGGAAGAUUAUUAAAACAUUUUAUUUUUAAAAUAUUUGGCAGAGACUUCUGCAUAAGUCAAAAGGACAUUUCUGGCCGUAUUACUUCAGACAGAGAAAAGAGAGUUUAAAGGGAAAAACCAAGCAAAACCCCAUUGACUUUCUUCAUGGCUACUGAAAAAGGUCUUGAAAGGACUUGUCUUGUGAGCGAGAAGGACACCAAGAAGUACUCGUUGGCCCUAGACAGGAUGAGUUGGCUUCAGAGGAAUUCAGAUGAAGAGAGGCAGCAGCAGGAAGCAGAAGUUACAGGAGCUAAUCCAGCAUAUCACUGUCACAGCUACUCACAGGCCUAUGAGAACAGACAGAGGGAGCAGCAUCAAGCCAGGAGGAAGCUCUGUGUAGCAUCAGUAAUUUGCACCUUCUUCAUGAUUGCUGAGAUAACAGGGAAGUAUAUGUGUGGGCAGCUCGCCGGGAGCCUGGCCGUGGUCGGCGACGCCGCGCACCUCCUGGUGGACCUGACAAGCUUCCUGAUCAGCCUCUGCUCCCUGUGGCUCACCUCCAAACCUCCUACCAAGCAGUUCACUUUUGGGUGGCACCGAGCAGAAAUUCUGGGAGCUUUGAUGUCUAUGAUAAUAGUUUGGAUGGUGACUGGUGUGUUGACAUAUUUGGCUUGCAUGAGGCUGCUACACCCAGACUAUGAUAUUGAUGCUACAGUGAUGCUCAUUACCUCUGCUUGUGCUGUGCUCACCAACAUCCUACUAAGCCUGAUUCUGCACCAGAGUGGCCACGGGCACAGCCAUGGGGCACAAGCCAGGGAGCACACGGCAGCCCCUCUGCAAAAACCAGCUCUGAGCAAUGCCAGCCUGCAGGCAGCCUUCGUGCAUACCAUUGGAGAUCUAUUCCAGAGCAUUAGUGUGCUAAUUAGUGCACUUAUCAUCUUCUUUAAGCCACAGUACAAAAUAGCCGACCCAAUCUGCACAUUUGUGUUUUCCAUCUUUGUUUUGGCAACUACCAUCACGAUUUUAAGGGAUAUUUUAACUAUCUUAAUGGAAGGAACAUCAAAAGGAUUUGCUUAUGAUGCUGUAAAAGCAAGAAUUUUAACAGUUGAAAAAGUGGACUCUGUUCACGACCUUCAUCUUUGGUCUCUGACAAUGAAUCAAACUGUUCUCUCUGCUCACAUUGCCACAGCAGACUCAGCAGACAGCCAGAAGAUUUUGAGAGAUGUUACCCAAGCCCUGUUUGAGCACUACAGCUUCCACUCCAUCACCAUUCAGAUUGAAUCAGGGGAGGAUCAAAAACCAGACUGUGUCUUCUGCCAAGAGCCCAGGGAUUAAAGGGAGCAGUGUGCUAUUCCAAAUAACCAUCACCUCUCUUACAGGUCAAUGGAGACUGUAUGUGCUGUUUGAAUGUAAUUGAUUAACAACAAAUGGUAAUUAGUUGACAUAACAAGCCCUGCCAU